CUCUAAGCAACUGCAGCAGCGGCUCUCUCCUGUGCAACAACAACAGCAGCAACAGCAGCAGCAGCAAGCCGGGGGGCCCUACAGGGACAACAGCAGCAGCAACAGCAGCAGCAGAAACAGCAGCAAGAGCAACACCCAGCAACAGCAGCAACAACAGCAACAGCAGCCGCAGUAA